GCGGGUGCAGCCAGGAGGAGCUGGCGGGGCUUCCACCUCUGGGGACGCUCACGGAGCUUGGCCCCGCCUGAGCGCUGUGAGGGCCGCGGGGCUUUGGUCAGAACCGCCCGGGGGUUCCCCCGCAAAGGGAGGGUUUGCUGGGCUGCCCUCGCCAUUACGCGUGCCGGUCACCCGUGGUGUGGCCUGGGCGUACAGAGCCAGAGGGAAGCUUAACUUUUGCUCAGUCGACACUCUGUAACAGUGGUGGGGAUGUAGUGGUGCUUUGCUGGGCACAGCGGAUCACAAACAGGGUAGACCCACGUCUCUUGGCCCGUGUGAUGGAUGCAUGUGCAUUGGGAGUGUUGCUGUCAGCCCCUGAAGUGGUUGGUUUUUAUUUGCCUGUAACUAGGAAGAGGUUAGCUUAACCAGCUGUAUGUCAAUUGUUUCUUCUCAACAGUUUUUACAGCCAUAUCCUGGAAAGUGUCAUGGGUAGCAAUGCAGUAGAUGAUUAAAGGGAUUUCCCCAUACAAAGUUGUUCUUAUGCUGAAUGAACUCGUGGUGGGAGACACCAAUGGAAAGCUCUAUGUUUACAAGAACGAUGAUAGCAAGCCCUGGGCGGUGCGAUCUUGCCAAGGAAUGCUCACAUGUGUCCGUGUGGGAGAUGUGUGCAAUAAAGGAAAGAAUUUCGUGGUAGCGGUGAGUGCAGAAGGCUGGUUUCAUCUUUUUGACCUGACUUCUCUGAACUCAAAACACCCAGAUGCUUCAGGCCACCAUGAGUUGCCAGGGGGAGAAGAGCAGAAGCCAGUGUUCAAGCAGCACAUUCCUGCCAACACCAAGGUCAUGCUCAUCAAUGACAUUGAUGGAGAUGGGAAGUGUGAGUUGGUUGUGGGUUACACUGACAGGGUGGUCCGUGCCUUCCGCUGGGAGGACUCGUCAGAGAAUUCAGACCAUGUCUCUGGACAGUUGAUCCUCUUAAAGAAAUGGCUUCUAGAAGGUCAGGUGGACAGCCUGUCUGUGAACCCAGGCCCUGAUGGCUCACCAGAGCUGAUGGUGUCACAGCCAGGCUGUGGCUAUGCCAUCCUGCUGUGCACGUGGGACACGGAGCAGCGGGACGCAGCCGCGGGAAGGGACGGAUCUGGCCCGAGCAGUGAGGCCCCUGUUCGAGAUGUGAUUCUACACCAAACAUCUGGACGGAUUCACAACAAGAAUGUGUCCACUCAUCUGAUUGGUAGCAUUGCCCGAGGCUCUGGUGAGAAUAGUGGCUCAGGUCUCUUUGCCCUCUGUACCCUGGAUGGAACACUGAAACUGAUGGAGGGAGCAGACAAGCUUCUCUGGUCUGUUCAGGUUGAUCACCAGCUCUUUGCUCUGGAAAAACUGGAUGUUACAGGCAAUGGGCACGAGGAGGUGAUUGCCUGUGCUUGGGAUGGUCAGACGUACAUCAUCGACCACAAUCGGACUGUUGCCAGGUUCCAAGCAGAUGAGAAUGUCAGUGCCUUCUGUGCAGGCCUCUAUGCAUGCAAAGAAGGGAGCAACAGUCCCUGCCUUGUUUAUGUCAGCUUCAGCCAGAAGAUCUACAUCUACUGGGAUGUGCAACUGGAGAGAAUGGAGUCCACCAACCUGUUGAAAAUCCUGGAUUGUGACCCAGAGUUUGGAAGUCUCCUGCAGGAGCUGGGUAUAGACAGAAGCGAUGUUUCUGCUGUCAAAAACCUGAUUCAUAAAACACUCUAUUUUCCUGAGAAAUACCAUCUCAGCAGCCCCUCACAGGAUCCUGCGGGAGCAGAUUCUUCUUCCCACUGCAGUGGCAUCCAGGAUCCCAUAUAACAAGAAGGCUCACAUCUUUAAUGCCAGCACAAGCUCUUCUGCAGCUGGAAUUGGGCAUCUGAUGAAGAUGACUAUUCUUUCCCUAUCUUCUCAAAACUUCCAAACAGAGAAGGGUCUACAGGCUGUUAAGGGAUGUUCUUGGCUAUAGGCUUGCCUGUGUGUGGUGGGUUGGUUCGCCUUUAGCUGAGCAGCUGCAAGAACAGAAAGGGCCAAGUAUCCUGCACGUAUGCUUUCUGUUGCCAGUUUCCAUAUUCCUCGCUAAAUAAGGUGCUCCACUAGUCGCUGUGAAGGAGCAAUGAGGUUACAGACAGAGAGAACAGCCGAGCCAAGUCUCCAUUUUCACCUAUUCUUACAAGUACUUCAGUGAAUACUUGUGAGUUCUUAGCAGGAUCACAGUGCAGGAAUUGGAUAUGGAGGAACUGAGUUACGGUGCAGGCAAGAGCCUUCUCUCACAUUUAGGUGUAUUUAAAGUAGAACCACACAUUGUUUGUCUUUGCUGCUGCUCUUCUGCAGCAGUUUCUCACAAAUCACCUGUUCUGAGUAGCUGGAGACAUGUACAACUUGCACUAAUACAGUGUGGAGAGAUAGCAGCUCCAGCAAAUCCAGCUCUAGUCCAGAGUCGUUGCUUGUCUCCAUCUUCUUGGGCGGGGUCAUCCCAGAGAAGGCUGUGACUUAACAAAGCAGCUGUGAAGUGGUCAGUAAGACCAGUCUGACUUAACUGUGGGUCUGUGGUGCUGUGAGAGCUUGGCCAUCCCACAAUAAACAGUGGAAAUGCCACUCCUGCCUCUUGUUGUGGAGAGUGUGUGUGCUGUGAGUCCUGCACAACUGAAAGAGUUGGGGCUGGAAUUGAUGUUCUGCUGGCUGGCAUGAGGAGUCUGGUAAAGGGGAGCUCAUUUGCAAAAGUCCAGGCAUGAACCUUUCCAUAUGCUGUUGUCACUGCUUUUCCCUCUCUUAGCUCGUCUCUUGCCUAACUCAGCUUGUUAGGAAAGGAACAGCAGGCUUACCUGCUGGCUGGCAUCGAUUAUCCCCUCUCACUUGUGUGAUGUUUUAUUGGACAUGUAUGAUGGAUGGAGCUGUCCCUUUGCCCUUACAGCAGCCUGAGUCAUAGCAAAUACAAUUCAGUGAUCUGGAGCAAGUGGCAGUAUUUAAAGAUCCUCCAGGCAGUUGAAAACCUGCUGUGCUUUACUCUGCCAAAUAUCCAAGGGCAGUCCUAACUGGGAGACAAUGCUUUGUGUGGCCAAAAGGAGUAUCUUGCCCUUGGGUCAAAGUGACUGUUGUUGAAGCAGCCCUGUGUGGUAGAAGGGCAGGAUCUUUACAUAAUAAGCUAUAGCUGUUCUUUGCAGUUUCCCUCUGUAGAUUUAUAUAAGCUUUUCAGAGGACAUUGCUGUCCUUUGUAUUUGGUAGCAGUGGAAGUUGGAGCAGUGGAGCAGUGGAAUGGUGUGACCUGCUCUGUACCUGCUAUCUUGCUUCUCAGACCACUGUAUCUUCUGAUUCUCUAACUGCAGUAGAUGUAGCUCUCCGUUUUAAUGGCCUUGCUGAGAAGCAUUUUUAAAUGUUCCUGUCACACUAAAUGCUUGUGUAAAACUGGACUCUUCAGGCAGGACCUUUCAAGUAAUAAUAGGCCUUAUUAGCAGUGGUGUUUAGAGCAGCAAGGCUGUGAUCUGUGGAGAACUGAUACCUCAGGGUAUCUCUACUCAUGGGCUAAAGUGAGGAGUUUGUCUUGUCAGAGCUAGACUGCAACCUCAACAAAUUGUCAGCUCUUGUGACAGAGAUGUGCAGCCACCCAUCCCAACAGGAAUAAUCGUCAUUGCUUCUGGCAAAUAGGGCCUGGCAGGGAAAGAGGAUGGCCUACACUUGUAACAGAACAACUCAGUGCUCUCUGUCCAUGCCAAAUAUAAACCUUUAUUAGCAACACCAAAUAUAAACCUUUAUUAGCAACACAAGCGCAAGGUGUGUACAAAUGGGUGCGUAUGGCUGGAACUGUUUUAUGCUAAACAAAUUGUACUGUACAGGUCGAAUGAUUUCCAAGAAAGGAAGGUCAAACUGAUCCGCUGUUGGACUAUUAAUUGUUAAGAAAGAAUGACAAAGAGUUACUGAGGGAGAGAUGACAUUUUUAUAAGAACCAUCUUUAAAAUAAAAUGGGGCAAAAGUAUUGUAAAUGUUGGGCAGGGCCAUUUGUGCACCCCAACCCUCUUUUGCUGGCCUGAGGAUAACAUUGCUAUGUGCUGUGCAAGCCCAGGCAAUGCACACUAUGAAAAGCAGAGGUGAGAAAAUACAGACACUACAAAAACAUCUGUUCUCCAAAACUUUUCAGCUCUUAAAAACCAUUGGAGAGGAAAAAUACUAACAUUUGAGGGCUUCCCCUGACAGUUUUAUAUUGCGUGCAGCACAUAAUAACUUGCAGAUGCAUUUUGCUCCUGUGCUCAUUGUGCACAAAGAGAAAAUGAAGAGUGGCUACAGAAGAAUUAACUGAACCUCUUUACCAUUCCUUGGCCAAAGAUGGCUUUCCUUAUUUUUUCCUGUCUUGAACUCCUAAGUGCCAAAUACUUUCUAUAGUCUGUUAUGCAGGCUACUUCCACCGGCAACAGUUUUUCUGUCAAGCGGGCAUCUUCUCAGGAAAGGAGCCACUUAAGGCUCUGUCUCUGGAGUGAUGGAGUUACACUGUACUUUCUUUGUAACUAAUUGUCUGUUUGUGCUUGCCAGCCGACACAAGCCACAGAGUUGGAAUUCGAAGUGCUUCCUUCCCACACAGCAGAAACUGUUGUUUGCUGUAUCCUAUUCUAGCAGAUUGGCAUAAUGUGCUGGUGCUGGGAAACUUUUCAGCAGGGCAGCGUUUGCAGGACACCUUUAUAUGUCCCAGUGCCAGCACACAGCAAGUGAGGAGUCUGACAGUAUUCACAGGCACUGGGGGUAUUUGCAGAUAAAUGAUUCAUGGCUUUGGUUCUGAUGCUCAAUUUACUAGCAAAAAAAUAAAGGGAGAGGGUUGCCUUAUUUUCCUGAGACAUCAUAAACCUGCUCUCCAUCCCUGCCCUCAUUUUUAUGAUCUUUCUGCUAUAAUAGAGUUAUUUCUGUAACUCUUCAGGUGUAUCCUGCCAUAUGCCAGUGGAGUCUCUUGAAAGGAGGAUUGAAUGCAAACAUAGGUGUGUGGCUCAAUGGUCUUCAAUGCCAUAGCUCACUGCUACCAGUGAAAGAAGGACCAAUUCUCUGGGAAUAUGGAUGGCUGCAGCUCCCAUUCUGUUCAAAACUAAGUGAUCCCAAGCUGCUGGAAGUGGUUCUGAUUAUGGCUUUGGCAGAGUGCAUGUUCUCAGGAAGGACAGAAGUCCUUCUCCCUAUCCCCAGGUGUAUUGCACCCUGUUCCAGAGAUUUGCCAUGGCAGGUAUUUUCCUUCAGACUUUUCCACAACUGCUGUACCCACUCUAUCAGAAAGCAGCCCUGAAAAGCAGCUCUGAUAGGAACUGACCACCAAGGUGGUUCAAAGAGAUUAUCCCUAAAAUAAUAACAUUAAAUUUUCUAUGUUGAAGGCACAGGCCUCAUCAUGAGGAAGCUAGUGUUGGACACAUGGACAUGCUUAUGUCCUACUCUGAGUUGGCAGUUUGUAUUGAACUUCUGCUUUCCGUGUGAAAAUGUUAGCAUUCUUUGAUCUUCAGUGAAAAAGACCUUUAGAUAAUUACUUUGUUCUCUUUAUCCCCCAAAAGCAAUAGAGAUGACUGGAAUUGGGAGUAGGAAAGUGUAUCUGUAAAACAGGCUUUUCCAAGAGAAAUUACAAUUAAGACAGUAUUCAGGCUUGUCAGCCCACUCAAAAAUUACUGUGCUCCCCAGUGUUGGAAGACUUAAAAUUUACCAUAUUUGUAGAUGGGGGUUGAGUUGGCUUCUUUGAGAUGUUUUAAGUUCUAUUUUACAAUCAUAUUUUAAAGCCAAGACUUCUUUCUUUCACAAUGGAGGCUGUGCUUCAGAUGUAUUGACAUAAAAAUGCUUUGGAGAAAGAAAAAUAUAUUUGGGCUAGAAUUCAGAAUACAGGUGUCUAGUGCAGUAGCAGUGUGUCAUUGUAUGCCAAGUAACUUGGGGAGAUAAAAACCCACCAGGACCUGUGUUGGUGAGGAAAGCACCUGCUGACCCAGUAGGAUUAGACAACUGUGAUUUAGUGAAUGGGUUGAAGUGAGGUGUCUGCCAUGGCAUUAUGACCUGCAGUUCUCAUUUAGUCAUGUAAAUGAUUUUUUUUCUGGAAGCUCUGCCUGCAGCAAAGCUUGAUGAGGAGGUUCAAAGAUAACUGUUGGCAACAGAUUCCUCAAUGUCUGGACGAAAGAGACUUCUACUGAGUGGAUCUGUGUGUUCAAACUGACAUGACAGGAGAAAGGUGAAGAUCAUGUCUUCUGCCCUGGAGCUGAUUUCAGAGCUGAGAAAAGAACUCACACUAAUUUAGUGCUUUCUUGGAAACAUCCUCUCUGUGACUGAGAAUUUACACAUGCAGUGGUUUACAACAAAGAGGAAAGGCUUGCAAGAUUGUGGCACAAUGUGCGAGUGUAUUAGCAGCUAGGGUACAAGGCAAGUGUUAAAAGGAUUCUCUAGAAACAAAAGAAUUCCUUUUUGAAGGGAAUUUUUUACUCACUAGUGUGAGGGAGGAAAGGAGGAUGCAAAGAAGGAGUCAUUAAGCAGAGAAGAGAGGAACAGAUAGGGCUGGGGAUUUUCACCAGCUGUAGCACAUUAAUUCACAGAGGAGCCCAGACUGCUCGUGGUUUAGGAUAUGAGGCAUGUUAACAACAGAAGGGUUUCAGAAAGGCUGGGGGAUGUUCUGAAUGUGAGCAAAAUCAGUUAUUCCAAGACAGGCAUGUAGGAACAGCACAUGGUGAAUUCCAGCAGCAGCUAGUGUACUGGUAUCUGCAGGGCUGCAAGUGACAGGCAGUAGUCAAAACAGAAUUGUCAACUCAAAGUCAUGGCAGUUUUCUGUAGGAUCCCAUCCAACACUUUUUACAUGAUUGGAAAGAUUCCUGUUGGCUUCAGUCUGAAGGCUCCUACUCACCUACACCCUUGCCCUAGCUAGGGCUCAGCUGCAAAACUGACACCAGGAACUGCUCUCACAAGGAAGUGGCCAGGAAUUAGAGCUAUUGGUGGCCCUCCCCUUCCCCUGCACUUGUGGGCACCAGCAAAGCCCAACAAAAGCCCUGUGGUGCUCCACAGGGAAGCAGGGCCCCAUAUGGGCCUUGCAAAGCCUGGCAGAAGCCCUGGUACACUCUGGAGGGAAGCAGGGCCCCUUGUGGGAAUGAUAAAAGCCAUCAGGCAGGGUUAGGUGGUUGUGGUUAGGUGUAGGGUUAGGGACAUACUUAGAGUUGGGAUUAGGGGUUAAGUUUUGGUACGUUCUUUGGAGUUUAGAGUUAAGGGUUAGGUUUAGGCCUUGGUGUUUAGGUUUAGGGGCUGGGGUUAGCUUUCUGUUUAGAGUUUAGGGUUGGGGAUUAUGGUUAGGUUUUGAGAUUAGUUAAUGUCUUUAUGAUUAGGUUUCUGGUUUGAGUUUAAAGUCAAGUGGUAAAUGUUUGGGUUACAGUGUCAAAUCUAGGGGGUUAUGUUUAAUGUUAAGUUUUGUA